AACGGGCCAUAGAUUGAGCCCAAUAAAUAUUAGAGCCCGAUUCAUUCGAAUCCGACAACAAAAUUGCCUGAAAAAAAAAAUAUCAAGAAUUCAAUCAAGAUACGGUCUAAGCUUCUAACCAAUGCUGCUCUCUGCAACUUCAGUUCAGCCAUGGAGUUACCCUCUUCCCGCGUUGGACAUUGCUUCAAAAUGUAAAACCCAGAUGGAGAUAAAUCAAAUCCAUGCAAAUUUGAUCACCACAGGCCAUAUCCACAACCCUUCAUUCACCUCAAAGACCAUUCUCAAGCUCGCCUUUUCUCGACACAAACCGAAUGUCGAUUUCGCGAGAUAUCUCUUCUUCGAUUUCAAUUAUAGAGACCCAUUUCUAUGGAACGCAAUCAUGAAGUCGUUCUCGCACGGAGAUGAGCCGAACAAGGCAUUCCAACUGUUUGUGUUAAUGCUUGUGAGAGAUAUACUACUAGAUGAGUAUUCCUUCUCGUUGGUGCUGAAAUCUUGUUCGAGGUUGGGUUUACUGAGCAGAGGAAUCCAGGUUCACGGCUUGAUGUUGAAACUCGGGUUCGGGUCGGAUUUAUUCCUGCAGAAUUCCUUGAUUUGCUUUUACGUGAAAUGCGGGUUCGUUCAAUUUGGGCGGCAGGUUUUCGACAGGAUGGGUAAAAAGGAUUCCUUUUCGUACAAUUUGAUGAUUGAUGGAUAUGUGAAGCGCGGGAUGGUGAGUUCAGCGAGACAACUGUUUGAUAGAAUGCCGUCGGAGAUGAAGAAUUUGGUCUCUUGGAACACUAUGAUUAGUGGCUACUUGAAAGUGGGGAAUGGAUUUGAGAGUGCUCAGGAAUUGUUCGAUGAAAUGCCGCAACGGGACUUGGUUUCUUGGAAUCUCAUGAUUGAUUGCUGUGCGAAGAAUGGGAAGAUGGAGAGUGCCCGUGGCUUGUUUGAUCGAAUGCCGCAAAGGGAUGUGGUGAGCUGGGCCAGUAUGGUUGAUGGCUAUGCUAAACUAGGCAAUGUGGGUGCUGCAAGGAGCUACUUUGAUGCCAUGCCUCGACGUGAUGUGGUUUCCUGCAACGCGAUGAUGGCAGGUUAUGUUGGCAACGGGUGCUACGAGGAGGCGCUGAAAGUGUUCCACGACAUGUUAGGGAGUGCUUCCGAUUUGGCUCCGGAUAGUGUUGCUCUGCUGACGGCUCUCUCAGCAGCGACGCAGUUGGGCUGCAUCGAUGAAGGGAUGGCAAUCCGUGCAUACAUGGAGGAAAACGCGUUUACCACGUGUGGGAAACUAGGUGUGGCUUUAGUUGACAUGUAUGCUAAAUGUGGGAGCAUAGAGCAAGCCAUGGAUGUGUUUGAGGGCAUCCAAGAGAAGACCAUUGAUCACUGGAAUGCCAUGAUUGGUGGCUUGGCCAUUCAUGGACAAGGCGAUUUAGCAUUCGAGUUAUUCAUGGAGAUGGAAAGGGGGAUUUCUCUAGAGCCAGAUGAGAUCACAUUUGUUGCAGUUCUGCAUGCUUGUGUCCAUUCCGGGAUGAUCAAGGAAGGCAUGAUCUGCUUCGAGGUUAUGAGACGAUUGCACAAGAUCGUGCCAAAGUUGCAGCACUACGGCUGCGUGGUCGACCUACUCAGCAGAGCAGGGCACAUAGAAGAAGCUGCAAAGUUUGUUGCACAAAUGCCCAUUCAGCCAAAUGAUGUGGUUUUGAGGACUCUGCUAAGCGCUUGCUCGACUUAUGAGAACUUGGACGUCGGGGAGCCCGUUGCCAAGCAUCUCAUCGGGCUAGAUUCCAAGGACUCGAGCUCGUACGUGCUCUUAUCGAAUAUGUAUGCUCAUUUUGGGCUUUGGGAGUAUGUUAGGAAGGUUAGAACAUUGAUGAAGCAAAGGGAGAUCAACAAAGUCCCUGGCUGCAGCUGGAUCGAGCUUGAGGGCACGAUGCACGAGUUCUUCGUUGGCGGUAUGAUCGAUCACGAGGCAAUCGACACGAGCUCCUCUGCAAUAAGCAUGGAGAGAGCCGGAUUGAGAUGAGAUAUGGUUGCUUGGUUAGUAUAUUUUUUCAUGUAUGCAUAUUUUUCAUGUUAUAAAUUCAGUAACAGCUUGUAAAUUGGCAUGUUUAUAUUUGAAUUACACCAAAUUCAAGAGAAUCAAUUUACUUUA